AUGUGUAUUGAAAAACCCGUCACCACGAUACUCAACAAAAUUCGGCAACGAUCACAGUCACUCACAAGGCUCGAUGCCGAAGACGAAACCAACAGUGCUAUCGAACAUACCAGUCCCACUACCGAGGCAGAUUGUGCUGACAAAUCAAAGAAUCUCCUUCUCCAGAUUGCCCCGAGACUUGCCAAGUAUAUGACCCCCAGGAAUAAGGAUACAUACGUGGACAGAUUCAAGGGAGAUGACGAAGAGCAAGAAAACAUGAGGCUGGCCCUGAGAAUACUGAAAGGAGAAGCAUUGAACGAUGAACUCUUGUCGACAUCGUUAGAUGUAGUCUAUGCGAUAGUUGACAUUCUAUUGUAUAGCCCUACCAUGGUACAGCGAAGAUCGCAGCCAGAUGAGAAGAGAAGGCGAUUGGAACAUGAAAUGGACCGAGACACAAGGAUUGACGCCUCAGAAGUCCAAAGCAGUCUUCAAGAAUUGCCAUUGCCGCCUGCCCUGCUCGAGAAUAACGCCGAAGACCAGCAUGUGCCGCCGGAAAUGGAUCAGAUCAUUUCUGAAAAUCAGGGUCGGAUAGGAUUAGGAGAAUGGACUGGCUGCAAUUUCACAGGGGGUAUGGACUAUGACUUUCUCCUGAACCAGGCCUUUGGCUCUGCCGGAACAUCAAAUCAUUUCGGAAGUAUCGUCGAUCCGUCCCAAUUUGACUCACAAUUUGUUCAAUCGACCUAUCCUGAAGGCGCCGAUUUUGGAGGCAUGGAUGCAAGUGACGGCCUUCAACUGUUCAGUUGGCAAGUCUUCCCCAACAACGACUGGUCAGGCUCAGCAGAUGUUGCCAGUGGUGGGUUUUUCCACGAUAACCACCUGGGUUAG